GGGUGGGCGGGGCUGGUGGAGGGGAGCUGGAGAGCUGUAUUGCAGUGGGAAUGUACGCGGUCCCUGGUACCUGGCUGCUUGGGAACCCCACCUGCAGCUCUAUCAGGAGCAGUUGGAAGUGAACCGCUGCUCUGGGGGAGACGGUGGGGACCUCCCAGGCCAAGCGUGAGCGAUGGCGGGCGGGGGGCGGUGUCCUAGGCGGGAGAGCACCCUGGAGGGGAGGAGGCUCUUCCUUGCAGCGCUCAUUACAGAACCACGAUGAACCCAUCUGCUGAACCCAUCUCCUGGGGCUUGCUCUUCUGGCUCCUGGUACCUUCCCAGUGGGCCCCAUUUGGAGGGUUUGAGGAUCGUGAGUUCCAUCAUGCUCUGGGCACCUGUGUGAAAGCUCAGGAUGCACAUGCCUACUCGCUUGUGGGCCAGGGAAGCAGACUCUGUCCUCCUUUUCCUGGAACUUACUUUCACAUGGGGCAGACAGAUUUUUUUUAUAAGCUCACAGCCGAAGAGGGUCCAUGAAGGACCCCAGCAGGUUGCUAGAGCACUGAGGUGGCACUGUCCUGCAGAGCCCAGGGUAGGACAGAGCGGGGAGGUCCAUGGGAGGGUGUGGUGAGCCUAGAGGCUGUGGAGGGAGUUUGUGCCAUUCUGUGGCUGAGCUGGGCAGCUUUACGCAGCAGCUUUGUAAAGACCGGAUUUAGCCCUACAACAAUCACUGUCAGCUGAAGACAGUGGAGGGGGUUAGGACUGAGCACGGGAGCCAGUUAGGGGCCUGUUGAGGCUGUGCAGGCAGGCUGGGAGGUCGUCUUGGAGUAGGAGGAUUGCAGUGCAGAGGGGAAAGCAGUGUGGGGUGGGGUCCUCCACCCACGCUGUUCAGCAUGGUCUGUUAACUUGGAAGUAAUUAAGCGAAUGAAGAGUUCAGUGCCUCAGUUGUAGUAGCAGCCCUUCAGGUGCUCAGCAGCCCCGUGGUCAGCGCCUGAUGUAUUGUGUAGCCUGGAGAGACCAUACCCAUCCUUGCUUGAUGUUCUACCCCGUGAAUGGGUUUUCACAGUAAAUCGGGGGUGGGGGGGAAGAUCAAAGAGACCCCAGGGUUUCGGUCUUACUCACUGUGGUGAGGUAUUGAGAGGGGAGGAGUGACUGGGGGGUGUGGGGUGGACAGUCACACGGGCCACUUCCCCACCUCUGCUCGCAGCUCCAGGAUAAGUCCCUCUAAUUUCUCCAGCUUCCAACAACAUCUGAAGCCUGUAUCGAGAACCUUCCUUGUGAGCUGCAGAGGAACUUCCAGCUCAUGAGAGAGCUGGACCAGAGGACGGAAGAUAAGAAGGCAGAGAUCGACAUCCUGGCCGCGGAGUAUAUCUCCACGGUGAAGACGCUUUCUCCAGACCAGCGUGUGGAGCACCUGCAGAAGAUCCAGAGCGCCUACAGCAAGUGUAAGGAGUACAGUGAUGAUAAGGUGCAGCUGGCCAUGCAGACCUAUGAGAUGGUGGAUAAACACAUUCGAAGGCUCGACGCAGACCUGGCACGCUUCGAAGCAGACCUGAAGGACAAGAUGGAGGGCAGCGACUUUGAAAGCUCCGGAGGACGAGGGUUAAAAAAAGGUCGAGGUCAGAAAGAAAAAAGAGGCUCCCGAGGUCGUGGCAGGAGGACCUCAGAAGAAGACACUCCAAAGAAAAAGAAGCAUAAAGGAGGGUCUGAGUUCACCGACACCAUCUUGUCCGUGCACCCCUCUGACGUGCUGGACAUGCCCGUGGACCCUAAUGAGCCCACCUACUGCCUGUGCCACCAGGUGUCCUACGGGGAGAUGAUAGGCUGUGACAACCCGGACUGUCCUAUCGAGUGGUUUCACUUCGCCUGCGUGGAUCUGACCACGAAACCCAAAGGAAAAUGGUUCUGUCCGCGGUGCGUUCAGGAGAGGAGGAGGAGGAAGUGAGGCUGCUACCUGGGCUGGAAGAGCGAGUUAAUGUAUUCCUUCCUUCGUGUUGCAAUAUUUUCUCUUCAUUUUAAAACUACCUUGUUUUGAAUGAUACUUAACAACUCAGUGGCCAGUUGUAAGUCUGGGUAUUUCCUGAGACAAGCAAGAAUCCACCUGAGCCCUGUUUGCACGAGGAGCGAUCUCACAGGGACUUGCCACAGUGACUUCAUUCUCGAGACUUCUCGUACGGGGCCCGGCCCCGGGCACGGCAGGUGCACCGAGUGGCCGAGCCUUCCGCGGGCCGGUGAGGUGGGGACCUUCCCACCCGCUGCACCGCCGUCGCUCUGCAGCCCGGGUGUGAGCCUGUGUGGUCCGACCGUCCCGGUGCCACCGCGGCACAUCUGUCCCCACAAGGCGUGCGCCCGGAAGCUGGCGAGGCGUUGCUGGAAGGCGUCCUCCGUGUCUCGGUGACCUGCCUGGGACGGUGGGGCUGUCCCCGGAGCGGGAGGGCCCCGCCGCACUGUGCGCUGCCUUGUUCGUCUGGACUCCCAGUUCCCUCCGUGAGGGCUUUACCUGCCGGAGUGAACGGCCCGUCAUCAGCAGGCGGGCUGUCGUUGCCGUGACCGCCCGUGAGACGCCUGACCGACGGCUGGUGUGCUGUCGCUCUGGGAAUCCCUGAUGUUUUACUGUGAAGCUGGACUGCGAAGAUGGCAGUCUGCGUGCACGUGAGGCGAGUCCGGUCUGGCGAGGCCGGGCUGAUUUUAAACCUGCCGUGUUGCACACUGGUAAGCAGCUCACGUCCGAGGGGACCACGGUUACGUGAGGCCACCCGUGAGUCUGCGGCGCGGCGGUUCUGGAAUGAGGCUGGGAAACCGGAGCGCGUUUUCCCUUCAGUCUGCGCUCACCAAACCAGUUUUGAACCGUCGUUCUGGUAACGGUUGGGGGAAGUCGCGUACCUCUGGUUGAGGUCCGUCUGUGGUGGUGUGCGGCAUGACUUCUGGGAGCAUCUGUGGACCCCGAGACCCCACAGCACCCACUUAGAGGGCUCCGAGGAGCCCCGAAGGGAGAGCCGGUCUCUGUCCUGGAGGCAUGAGAAGAAACGCAGGAGGCAGAGUCGAGAUGGGAAGUUCCUAGGUGAACAGGAGUCUCCUCUUUAUCAGGAGGCCUUCUGGAACAGUGCCCCGCUUCCUCCGAUGGCUUGUUCACUGCACGUGUCCUCCUGUUUCUAGUAUGUCAGCAAGGCCGGGAGAUGCCACGUAGAGAAUCUCGGGGAGCCGUGUCGUGCACGGGCCGCCUCGCGCCAGCUCAGCUCGUCGUCCCUAGAUGAGCGCUGACUGUUCGCUUUGACGUCAGAGGGCAGUGAGUGUCCAGCCGGGACCUGCGUCCGUGGUUCUCGGAGGGUCAGCCCACAGCAGACACGCCGUCCUGUGUCCUUCCUGGAGCAGGCCGAGUGGCGGGACUUGCUUCCAGGCGACUGCAGGUGGGGUCGGCUCGGCAUGUGCGUCCCGGGCUGCGUGGGGAGGGUAGGGGGUUGCCGGGCCUGACAGGCUUUCCCAGAACCGAUGCCUUCCUGCUUCUCCGAAAGAAGGGGUGGCGGCUUCGGGUUGAGCGCCGGCCCUCACGAGCCCCUCAGUCUCCACUGCAGCCAAAACCGAGGCUCGUCUGUAUUUAGGAACUUAGCUUUUUGUUAACACAGGUGUUUAAAGAUUGUGGGGAAUAAAUUGUGGAAAAUUGUCUGCUUCA